AGUAGUCCGUGAACCACUGUAUACAACUAAUACCACCAAUAAAUUUAUUUAUUCGGAAUUCUACUAGUGACGCGUCAUCCUAUAGGUAUGGGUGGGAAAAAAUCCGUGCGGGUUUAAACUGAAAAUUUUUUAAAGUUUAAUAUUAGUAAUAUAUUGUUUUUGCGCCCCUAUUAAUGGUGUCUUCAAAAUGACGAACAACGGCUUUACACCAAGUUGUGAAUUUUAUGCUGCUUAUAAUGGAAAGAUUGGAUAUGAUAACAAGGCGAUGGUGACGCCGUUGCCAUCUGGCGGCCAUCAACCGAGCGUCCGCAUAAAUCUUACAGAAACCGAUAAAAGCACCGCGGCACAGGCGGCGCCAACUAGGAGCAAAUUUAGGAACACGUGUCGCGUGCCGCACACGAUCAAUGCCGUAUUGGGUGUCAUAGUUAUAUCGGCAAUAAUCUUAUUAGAGCUAGGCUUCAUCCCAGCCAUAAGGUCAGGAUUCCACUGCAAAGACCCCACACUAUCACACAAAUACACUGGAGACACCAUAAGAACAGCUUUUUUAUUAUUAGGAAGUUUAAUAAUAGUACCAUUCGCUGUCCUAUUUUUAAUUGAAUAUCUUAGAAAAGAGCCUGCUUCCAGGAUCUGCUAUCGGGAGAUUUGGUUCUUUUACAAAGAAUUCUUUACAGGGUGUGCCUUAGUGCUACUCCUAACUGAAAUACUUAAAAAUUUAGUGGGGGAGCAUCGGCCCCAUUUUUUUGACUCCUGCCAGCCGAACACUGCGGAUAAUUGUACUGCCGGACAGUACAUACCCAGUUAUCAGUGUAAAGAGUCAAAGUUCAGCAGGAUGUUUAUGGCUGACUUGUCGAAGAGUUUUCCAAGUGGGCAUGCCUCACUUAGUUGUUUUGUUAGUGUAUUUUAUUCGUAUAUAAUACAAACAAGACUACCAACCAUGCAAACUGGCCGCGUCUUCAAACCGUUCCUCAUCUCUGUCGUCCUUACGUGGGCACUGGUGUGUUCUUUCUCGAGGAUAACGGACAAACGCCACCAUUGGUGGGACGUGGGGGUGGGUAUGCUGAUGGGUAUCCUCACAGCCUUCUACUCCCUAGGGGUGAUCCAUAGGGAAUUAAGACAAUCCGGGAUACCUAGGGUGGCGACGUCCACCACGACCCUGCUAGACGUUAAAAAUAAGAACGCUAAAAGUGAAAUUAUUUAGUUGUGAUAAUUCAGUAUUGAGAUGUAGGUAAGACAAUUUUAUUAAUCUAGUCUCAUUUCCUUGUACUAUUAAGAAAUUAAUAUUGUGUGUACUAGCUUUAUAGGAUAUAUUGUGAAGUACAACUUAUUAUAUAUACAUAUACGCAGCUUUGUACUACUUUUCCGUACUAAACGUGACUUUAUAUACAUAUUUUGACCACUUUUCACAGAAUUUAUAUAAAAUAAGCCAGUAUAUAUACAUAUAGGUUAUUUUCACAGAUUUUUGUACAGCUUUUUACCAUUAUGUUGACCAAUUUGUUGUAAAUAUUAUUAUUUUUUUGUUUAUAUAUGAAUGCGAGCUUAUAGAGAGAAUGUCGAUUUAAUUUUUAAGUUAUUAAGUUUGUAAAUAUGUAUGAGAGUUUGGAGGUGAUUAAACAAGGAUUUUUUGAUAA